UAGCGAAACUGAAUUACCGGCAGACGCAAACUUACCCUGCCUGAUCUUUCGUGUGUGGGAAUGUACCGGACACUGCGUGGGAAAGUAGGGUCCCACAAGUAAAUUUCGGGAAUGUCUAAUGAUUUGGACCCCCUUUAGAGAACGUAGUUUAGGAUCCGUCCGGUUACGUUUGCUGUUAGGGACAAAUUUGAUUUGUUUUUCCUACACAGAAUGAAGUGACACUGCAUAAUUCAUUCUUUGGAUCUCUAAAAUCAGGCUCCACAGAGCACAUACAGACACUAUCGUCGAUUCCAGAAGACCUUAAGGCUGGGAGGCGUGGGGAGGGCUAGGGAGCAUGGCUGAGCCACGCCGCGACAGCACCAGCAGCCUGCAGAGGAAGAAACCGCCAUGGCUCAAACUGGACAUCCCCAUCGCUCAGGUGUCUCUGGAUGAGCCGCCCACCUUCGUCCAGCCCGUGAAGCGACAGGGUUUCCUGCGCAGUAUCAGCAUGCCCGUGGAGACCUCCCAUAUGCCCUCCCCUGCGCGCGACCUCUUCGACCCCCGCCGCGCCCCCCUGCAGCGACAGUCCUCCAUCACCCAGACCAUUAAGAGCAGCAAAAGGGUGCACUUUGAGCGGAUACACACCGUGCCCAUCAAGGGGCCCCGCGCUGCCAGGAGGAGCUCCCGAAGCUCCAGGAGGCACCACUCCCUCUCCCGAACCCUCCUCAGGGGCACAGCGGACUGGUUCGGCGUGAGCAAGGACGGCGACGCCACGCAGAAAUGGCAGCGGAAGAGCCUGCGGCACUGCAGCAUGCGCUACGGGAAGCUGAAGCCGCAGGUGAUCCGCGAAAUGGACCUGCCCAGCCAGGACAACAUCUCCCUCACCAGCACCGAGACACCACCGCCACUUUACGUGCCCAGCUCGCAGCAUGGCAUGCAGAAGAUCGUUGACCCGCUGGCUCGUGGCCGGGCCUUCCGUAUGGUGGAGGAGGUGGACGGCUACAGCGUGCCGCAGACGCCCAUCACCCCGGGCGCCGCCUCGCUCUGCUCCUUCACCAGCAGCCGCUCGGGCUUCGGGCGCCCGCCGCCGCGCCGCCGCAAGAGGGAGUCCGUGGCCAAGAUGAGCUUCAGGGCCGCCGCCGCGCUGGUCAAGGGCCGGUCGUUACGGGACUCUACGACGACUACUCUACGUCGGGCCCAGAGAAGGAGUUUCACUCCGGCCAGCUUCAUCGAAGAGGACUUCCCCUUCCCCGACGAGCUGGACACCUCCUUCUUCGCCAGAGACGCGUUCAUGCACGAGGAUCAGUCCACGUUCGCCGACGAGGUGUUCGAGUCGCCGUCGGACGCCACGCUCCAGGACUCGGACCUGAGCAAGCAGCUGGACGAGUCGGACAUGACGGGCAGCGCGCUGAACAAGAGCGAUCUGGAGAGGAGCCACCUCAUGCUGCCUCUGGAGCGUGGCUGGCGGAAGGCCAAAGAGGGAAUCCCUCCUCCCCCUCCUAAGGUGCGCUUACGGCAGGAGGUGGUGAGCGUGAGCGGCCAGCGGCGGGGCCAGCGCAUCGCCCUGCCCGUCAAGAAGCUGUUCGCCCGCGAGAAGCGGCCGUACGGCCUGGGCAUGGUGGGCAAGCUCACCAACCGCACCUACCGCAAGCGCAUCGACAGCUACGUCAAGAGGCAGAUCGAGGACAUGGACGACCACAGGCCCUUCUUCACGUACUGGAUCACGUUCGUCCACCUGCUCAUCACUAUCCUGGCUGUGUGCAUCUACGGCAUCGCACCAGUGGGCUUCUCCCAACAUGAGACUGUGGAUUCUGUUCUUCGAAACAAAGGGGUUUAUGAGAAUGUCAAGUUUGUGCAACAGGAAAACUUUUGGAUUGGACCAAGUUCAGAGGCGCUGAUACACCUGGGAGCCAAGUUCUCGCCCUGCAUGCGACGGGACCAGGAGGUGCAUGACCUGAUCGAGGCGAAACGUGCCAUCGAGCGGAACUCGGCCUGCUGUGUACGGAACGACCGAUCAGGCUGCGUCCAGACCUCCGAGGAAGAGUGUUCAAGUACGUUGGCUGUUUGGGUGAAGUGGCCCAAGCACCCCAGCACCCCUCAGCUGGACGGGCAGGAUCGGCAGUAUGGCUCAGUCUGCCACCAGGACCCCAGGAUUUGUAUGGAGCCAGCUUCUGUAGCGCCUCACGACUGGCCUGAUGACAUCACCAAGUGGCCAAUCUGCACCAGGUACAACACGGGUAACCACACCAAUCUGCCUCACAUCGACUGCACCCUCACCGGUCGGCCCUGCUGCAUCGGUACUAAAGGGAGGUGUGAAAUCACAUCCCGGGAGUACUGUGACUUCAUGGAUGGCUUCUUCCACGAGGAGGCCACCCUCUGCUCCCAAGUGCACUGCAUGGAUGACGUCUGCGGACUGCUGCCCUUCCUCAACCCUGAGAUCCCCGACCAGUUCUACAGGCUGUGGCUCUCCCUCUUCCUGCACGCCGGGAUCCUGCACUGCCUGGUAUCUGUGUGCUUCCAGAUGACCAUCCUGAGGGACCUGGAGAAGCUGGCGGGGUGGCUGCGCAUCUCCAUCAUCUACAUCCUCAGCGGCAUCACGGGCAACCUGGCCAGCGCCAUCUUCCUCCCCUACAGAGCUGAGGUGGGACCGGCGGGCUCUCAGUUCGGCAUCCUGGCCUGCCUGUUCGUGGAGCUGUUCCAGAGCUGGCAGAUCUUGGCCAGCCCGUGGCGCGCCUUCGCCAAGCUGCUGUGCGUAGUGCUCUUCCUCUUCGCCUUCGGCCUGCUGCCGUGGAUCGACAACUUUGCGCACCUCGGCGGCUUCGUGUCGGGCUUCUUCCUCUCGUUCGCCUUCCUCCCCUACAUCAGCUUCGGCCGCAUGGACAUGUACCGCAAGCGCUGCCAGAUCAUCGUGUUCCUGGCGGUGUUCGUGGGCCUCUUCGCCGGCCUGGUGGUGCUCUUCUACGUCCGGCCCAUCAAGUGCGAGUGGUGCGAGCUGCUCACCUGCAUUCCCUUCACGGACAAGUUCUGUGAGAAGUAUGACCUCAACGCGCACCUCCACUGAAGAGGCACGUGUGCGCGCGCGCGCGG